AUGUCACUCUCUAACAGGACCAAUCUUCAUCCCUCUACUUUCAUCCUCAUUGGAAUCCCAGGAUUGGAGAAUGCGCACCUCUGGAUCUCCAUCCCCUUCUGCCUGGUAUACAUGGUGGCUCUCCUGGGAAACUUUACUUUAUUAUUCAUCAUUAAGACUGACCCCAGUCUUCAUGAGCCCAUGUACCUCUUCCUUUCCAUGGUGGCUGUAGCAGACCUAAUCGUGUCUACGGUUUCAGUUCCCAAGCUUCUCAGCCUCUUCUGGUUCAAAGACAGAGAAAUCCGACUUGAAGGUUGUCUGACACAAAUUUUUCUGAUCCACUCCUGCUCCAUAAUGGAAUCUGGUUUCUUUCUGGCUAUGGCCUUUGACCGCUAUGUGGCCAUAUGUAAACCCCUUAGACACUCAGCAAUCCUGACCCACAAAGUCAUUGGAAGCUUGGGGUUGGUUAUUGUUUUCCGUGGAAUUGUGCUAAUCAGUCCUCUUCCUUUUCUACUGAGGUGGUUUCCCUACUGCAAGAGCAAUAUCAUCUCCCAUACAUACUGUGAGUUUAUGGCCUUGGUCAAACUGGCUUGUGUUGAGACCAAAAUACUUAGAGCUUAUGGCCUCACUAUUGCAUUCCUUACUGGAGGACUGGAUUUCAUAUUAAUCAUCUGUUCCUACAUUCUCAUUCUCCAUGCUGUCUUCCAGCUCCCUUCUAAGGAAGCACGUCUGAAGACCCUUGGAACCUGUGGAUCUCAUGUCUGUGUCAUAUUUGUUUCUUACAUUCCAGCCUACUUCUCAUUCCUCACUCACAGGUUUGGACACAAUGUUCCUCCUCAUGUCCAUAUUUUUGUGGCUAACAUUUAUUUAUUGGUCCCACCUAUGGCAAAUCCUAUCAUCUACGGGGUCAGGACAAAGAGAAUCCGGGAGAGGAUAAUCAAAAUCCUGAGUCCUCUAAAGGAUUGA